AUGGCCCAGCCGCUGUACGCGCCGCUUGCAGAUUCCUGGAUCCUAGACCGGGCUCCGCAGCCGUCGCCGCCGCCGCCGCCGCCCUCCGACAGGGCCAGCAGCUGGUCCCGGGACUCGUGGGGCAGCGUCGCGGCCGGGAGCCCGGUGCCAUCCGACGCACGCCCGGCGCGGCGCUCGGGGCCCUCGUCGGGGAGACGCGGCGCGCGCGGCAGCCGCCUGGGCGGCGGGCAGCGGCAGAGCGCCAGCGAGCGCGAGAAGCUGCGCAUGCGCACGCUCGCCCGCGCGCUGCACGAGCUGCGCCGCUUUCUGCCGCCGUCCGUGGCGCCGGCCGGCCAGAGCCUGACCAAGAUCGAGACCCUGCGCCUGGCCAUCCGCUACAUCGGCCACCUGUCGGCCGUGCUGGGCCUCAGCGAGGACAGCCUGCAGCGCCGGCGCCGGCGCUACGUGGGCGCCGCGUCCCCGCGAAGCUGUCCGCUCUGCCCCGACGGCGGCCCCGCGCAGGCGCCCGCGCUCAGUCCCGACCUGGACCCCGCCGCCUGCAGCGGGGUGUCGUGGGAGUCCCCGCCCGCCUGUCCUGGAUCCCGAGACGCGCCGGAGCCUUGUGACCUGUCGGUGCGCCCCUCGUCUCCGCUCUUUACCAGCGACGUCCUGGCCCUGCUGGAGACCUGGAUGCCCGUCUCGCCGCAGGAGUGGACACCAGCCUGAGUCGUCCCUGGAACAGCGAACGGAUGACUGAGCACAGAGACUUGUUUUGGCCUCGCCACCUUCGAAGCGAAUUGGAUUGUCUCCCCUGGAAGAGGAACCAGCGACUCUGGCGUGGGCAAUUCCAAGGGUGAAAGUCAGUUCUCACCUAUGGUCGAAUGAGGGCAGAAGCUCUGCAGUAGGCAGAAGGUUCUGCCUGGUGUGUAUUUAUUUAUUUGUGAAUAAACCGUUUGCGCUGAUA